ACACACGGACGUGGAUGUCUGAAAACAUGUACGCGCAUACAUGAACAUGCAAACAAAAACAUUAGGGCGGUUACACACGGACGUGGAUGUCUUAAUACAUAUACGUGCAUACAUCAACGUGCAAACAACAACGUGCAUGGCGCUUUUGUACAGACGCUCGCACAAAACUGCAGUCUUGUUAUUCUUGCUACAGUACAGUGUUCCGAGUGUGCAUACAAAAUUGCACAUUCAAAAACGCGACGGUAUUUUGCAUACAGAUUGAUGUUUUUGUUUGCACGUUCAUGUAUGUGCGUACAUGUUUUCAGACAUCCACGUCCGUGUGUAACCGCCUUUAAUGUGUAUAGGCGGUUACACACAGGCGUGGAUGUCUUAAAAC